CCGUGUUGUUGUGCGUGUAGUGUGAUGUUGAUGUUUUGGCUGAGUUGGAGAGGCGUGACGUUUAAUGGUAGAUUUACACAGAGGACAUUUGCCUUGUUUCUGUCUCCCGCUGCAAUUUACCUCAGCUGGUUGAGAGAUGUCUGACAGCUCCAGUGACACGGAGUCGUCCUGCGGAUGGACAGUCAUUAGUAAUGAGGGUUCGGAUAUUGAGACGCUAGGGCCGGAUAACAUCGGAGACUGUGAAGAUGGAGCGGUUAGCCAAGUUCUAGACGUACCUGAUGCUAAGCGGGGUAAGGAGAGUUUGGGAGAGUCUUCACUAGACCUCACACUGAGAGAGGAGGCGGUGACGGCGACGGAGGCGGAACCGGCUCGAGAGGCAGGUGGAGAAGAGCACGUGAUCCUUUGCUCCUCCAGUGAGAACUCUGACAUCAUCACUCUGGCGGACACUCGGGAGGCGGAGCCUGACACGUGGGAGGAGCCUGUUGCUAAGGAGGUGGAGGAAGCCAGAAGUGAGCAACUCGAUCUCGGAAGCUCGUCGAGCAGCCAGUACACGUUUAGAGAGUCGGAGACGACAGACUGGUCUUGGAGCGGAUGGGGAUUUUCCAGGACACUGUGGGAAUAUGGCAGUCAUCUGCACAGCUCUCUCUCUCUCUCAGUUUUCCCAGCGGAUCAGCCUGUGCAGCGAGACAGCGGUAACAGCAGCAGUGAGGAUGAGGAGGGUGAGGUGAAGGCCAGUCCUGUAGUGAGGAGACGCAGAGUGAGGAGGAGCACCACCGGCUCAGACCCUGGAGACUCACAGGAGCCCCACAGGAGACAAGAGGAGGGUGUUGAGGAGACAGCAGCUCAUCCAGAUGGCCGCGGUGCUCGGUAUGAUCAGGGUCCCGUCAGCGGCACCCUGAACAAAUGCAUCCUCUUAGCGCUGCUCAUCGCCAUCAGCAUGGGUUUCGGACACUUCUAUGGUACAGUCCAGAUUCAAGAAAGGCAGAGGAUCGUGGAAAAGAGUCGCGUGAAUGAGCUGGAAGCGCCGUGUAAGAGAGAGCUGGACAUUGUAAAUAAGGAAGUGGUUGAGAGUCUCAGGGAAGACCUAGAGGAAAAGCAAGACAUGGUGGUGUCCCUCAUGAACGUCAUGGAUAAGAUAAAUAAAGAAAACCAGCAUCUCAGAGUCAAACAGGAAGAGUUACAGGCCCAAAGACAAGAUUUAUACGUGCAACUGACGCAAACCAAAAACGAAAUGGAGUCUCGGCAGAAAGAUCUGACCAAGGAGAACCAGCAGCUCAAAGUCAGUCUGGAACGAGAAGAGGCGUCUCUGUCGGCCCUACAGGAGGAGCUGCGGUACCUACGGGGACAGAUACGAGAGCUGGAGGAGAGAGGAGCCGGGGCCGACUCCAUCCUGUCCGAAAACCAGCGUCUGAAGGGCCACUUACAGGAGGAGAAACAGAAAGUGCGCAGCUUCGUAAGCCAAAGAGAAGCGCUGAUGGCCGAAGCCCAGGUGCUGAGGAAAGAGCUCGAUAAGGAGCGGAAAGUUACGGACAAGCUGAAGGAGGAACUGGAGGAAAUGAAAAAAGAGGAGGACGUUGAAGGCAAGACGGAUUCUGAAACCGAAGAACUUCAGACGCGACUUCAGGAGCUCGAGAACAAGUUGAAGUUCGAGCAGCAGCGCUCCGAUCUUUGGGAGAGACUGUACGUGGAGUCGAAGGAGGAAAGAUCGAAAGGCGACCGGGAUGUGAAGACCAAGAUUCCCAAAGAUGGCAUGCUGGGAAAAGUGAAGGAAACGUUCGACGCUGUGAAGAACUCAACAAAGGAGUUCGUGCACCAUCACAAGGAGCAGAUCAAGAAAGCCAAAGAGGCGGUGAAGGAAAACCUCCGCAAGUUUUCAGACUCGGUUAAAUCGACGUUCAGGCAUUUUAAAGACUCGGCCUCGAAUGUCUUCAACCAUCAGAAGAGGUUUCACGACGCCAAAACAGAGCAUCACGCGUUUCAUCAGGAGCAGGGAAACAAGCGCGCCGAGGAUUGGCAGCCGCAGAAACCCCUGCACCGACAUCCUCGCAAAUCAACCGCCGAUUCCUUUCACGCCGAUCGCAAUACGCGCAAACCCGGCGCUCAGAAAGACCACAGCACCAUGGGACAAAAAACGCCGCCCAAAGGAUGUUCGGGUGUGUUCGAUUGCGCCUAUCAGGAGUCCAUGAGUCUGUUUAAUAAGGCGAUGGAUCCCAUCCGCGCCGAUGAGUUUAACGAGCUCCUACGGAGCUAUUUGCAGAAGGAAGUCGGACAUUUUCACCACUGGAGGGAGCUGGAGAGCUUCAUCGAUAAUUUCUUCCACAACGGCGUCUUCAUUCAUGACCAGAUGCUUUUUACGGACUUUGUCAGCGGCGUCGAGGAUUACCUCGAGGAAAUAGACGAGUAUCACAGCCUCAGCGAUGACGUGUUUGAGGAUCUGGAUGACUACAUAUACCGCCAUAUAUUUGGAGACACGUAUUUAAAAUAUUUUGGGCCGAGUCGACCCUUCGACGGGCCGGGGUCGAAGGGCAAGACGUGGCGUCACUGCCAGCGGCAGCAGAGGAAGCAGCAGCCUCGUCCUCGCCAUCAGAGAGCCAAGAAAUGGAGCCAAUCGGGACGCGACCCCAACCGACAGUUCGCAGAUGUCAAAAUAGAGCUGGGCCCCAUGCCCUUCGAUCCCAAAUAUUAGAAGAAACAUUUCAAGUGUUCUCAAUAUCGCUCCUGUUUUGUUUGUUUUGUCCUGGAGAAGGUUGAAGAAAGCUUUGGGUUCACCCUUUAUGUGAUUUAUUUUGCACAGUGUAAAUGUUCUAAUGCUGGUUGAAUGAUUUCUAGUGUUUCUCUUCCUGCACUCCUUAGCAGAUUAGAAUUAAUUAGAGGUCUUUUUGAGGCACAUUUAUGUUCCCGCAUUCCCUGGAGUUAUGCAAAAAGUACUGCAAGUUAUUAUGACAGAUUACUGACCCAAAAAGCACUUUUUGUUUUGCAUUUUAAUUGUUAUUGUUUCGAAACAAAAAACUAGAUCAGAACAGAAAUGUGUGUUUAAUUUUGCUUAGGACCAAAAAACAAUCAAAAUAAAUUACAUUAAAAUUUCAUCUCGAAGGUUCAGUAGAUUGGAAGAAUAAUAAAAGCACUGCACUUCAUUAUAAAAAUAACUUUGAAGUAAUCUGGUUUGACCUGUUAUUUAAACAUGCAGAUCGGUAGAAAAUAUUAUUGAAGAUUUAGUUUCAGUCUGCACUUGUUACACUAUUUUCCCUCUCUUUCUUGUCUGUGUGGUUAUCGGCUAAAUUACAUUCCUUGUUUGUAAUGUAAUUGAACACAAAUGCACUUAAACUGCUUGAUGUUGCACUUAAAUUCUAGAAUAAAAGUCUUUCACUGCUUCA